AUGGAGGACAUGGCGGGUCAAUACCAGAUGCUGGAGGAGCUAGGAAGUGGCAGUUUCGGAACUGUGUACAAGGCGAUUGACAAGUCAAACGGUGAGAUCGUCGCAAUUAAGCAUAUCGAUCUCGAGUCGAGCGAGGACGACAUCCAGGAAAUACAGCAGGAAAUUUCCGUUCUGGCUACCUGCGCCAGUGCGUUUGUUACACAGUACAAAGCGAGCUUCCUGAAAGGCCAUAAACUAUGGAUUGUGAUGGAAUAUCUGGGAGGCGGGUCCUGCCUGGAUCUUCUAAAACCGGGAGUCUUCAACGAAGCUCACGUGGCGAUCGUGUGUCAGCAACUCUUGCAAGGACUCGAUUACCUCCACAGCGAAGGCAAGAUCCACCGAGAUGUGAAAGCGGCCAAUGUUUUGCUUUCCAACGCCGGUAAGGUGAAGCUGGCGGACUUCGGGGUGGCAGCACAGCUAGUCAACAUCAAAUCUCAACGCAACACAUUCGUGGGCACUCCCUUCUGGAUGGCGCCAGAGGUCAUCCAGCAGGCUGGAUACGAUUUCAAGGCGGAUAUUUGGUCAUUGGGUAUUACCGCGAUCGAGAUGAUCAAUGGCGAGCCCCCGCAUGCCAGUACCCACCCUAUGAAGGUCCUCUUUCUCAUCCCGAAGAACCCAGCCCCCCGGCUCGAGGGGAAUGAGUACAGUAACACAUUCAAAGACUUUAUCGCUCAGUGUUUGACGAAGGAUCCCGAUCGCCGCCCGAGUGCGAAGGAGCUUCUCCGUCACAAGUUCAUACGCAACGCAGGCAAGACCGAGGCCCUGCAGGAGUUGAUUCACCGCAAGCAGGACUGGGAUGCAGGCAAGGGAAGUAACAAGGACAUCAAAUAUUACGCCGAGUCUUUGAAUACCAUCACAAAGCCGCCCACAGAUGAUGAUGAAGAUUGGGUGUUCGACACCGUGAAGGCGCCCAGCAUGUGGGUGCCUAAGGGCACGGAUUGGAGCACCUUGGACGAAGAAUGGAAUGAGACUGAUCCAGCCCAGCUCAUGGAAGAUAUGCACAUCUCGCAGCCCACAGCGCCCCCUAAGCACCAGGCCAACUCAACUGUCCGCCGGGCUAUGGGCGCCGAGCGGUCACCUUCGGUUCGUCGUGCCAACACCAAGCGACGCUCGAGCGGAAUCAAGCAGCCUUUGGGGGUCGAUCUUAGUUAUGGAAACAGCCCAUCGACUGUACGCCAAUUCCGUCGUGUCUCGGACAGAGUCCCCGAUGAGAAUACUCAGGUCAAGCCUCCGCCCGGGUUUGAGAAUGCGAGCCCCAAAAGCAUCCCCGCCGAGUCCGCAAAUAAGGAGGCCCAGUUGGGACGUCGAGCUUACAGUCGAGCCGUUGGCCUGUCUUGCCAAGAAGUGCUUGCGACCACUGGUGAUGGAGAGAAGCGUGAAGCUAUCUCUCGACUAGCCGAGGCUUGGAGUGAUCUGGAGAUGGUGGACCCGGAGGGCUUAUAUCACAUUAUCCGGACUAUGAACGAGAAACUUCAAGCUGAUUCUCGCCUCUCCGCCUUACUCCCAACUUCAUCGCAUCCGGACUCCCCCCAGCGGCCACGCUUGAUGCUGGCGCAAAACAACCCUCAUCUCAAAAGCCACCGCCGCCGUCAAUCGACUGCCGACAUCACCCCAUGUCAGCCUCAACCGGCUUCGGCUCUUUCGAAUUUGCCUGGUCAGAAUGUCACUGGCAUGGAACACACCAAAGAGCUCUCUGAUGUCCUCUACCAACGGUGGGCGGAGGGCCUCCGCAACCGAUGGGGCAUCUAA